GUCCUUCGGAUGAGACGUCAAACAAACGAGCUCCUAUUGGAAGUGACUCUGCAGCAGCCACUGACUCCCUGUGUGUGUGUGUGACCCUGAGCAAGUCACUGAACCUCCUUGUGCUCCGUCCUUCGGAUGAGAUGUCAAACAAACAAGCUCCUAUAGGAAGUGACUCUGCAGCAGCCACUGACUCCCUGUGUGUGUGUGACCCUGAGCAAGUCACUGAACCUCCUUGUGCUCCGUCCUUCAGGAUGAGACGUCAAACAAACAAGCUCCUAUUGGAAGUGACUGCAGCAGCCACUGACUCCCUGUGUGUGUGUGACCCUGAGCAAGUCACUGAACCUCCUUGUGCUCCGUCCUUCAGGAUGAGACGUCAAACAAACGAGCUCCUAUUGGAAGUGACUCUGCAGCAGCCACUGACUCCCUGUGUGUGUGUGUGUGACCCUGAGCAAGUCACUGAACCUCCUUGUGCUCCGUCCUUCGGAUGAGAUGUCAAACAAACGAGCUCCUAUUGGAAGUGACUCUGCAGCAGCCACUGACUCCCUGUGUGUGUGUGACCCUGAGCAAGUCACUGAACCUCCUUGUGCUCCGUCCUUCGGAUGAGACGUCAAACAAACGAGCUCCUAUUGGAAGUGACUCUGCAGCAGCCACUGACUCCCUGUGUGUGUGUGUGACCCUGAGCAAGUCACUGAACCUCCUUGUGCUCCUUCCUUCGGAUGAGAUGUCAAACAAACAAGCUCCUAUAGGAAGUGACUCUGCAGCAGCCACUGACUCCCUGUGUGUGUGUGUGUGUGUGACCCUGAGCAAGUCACUGAACCUCCUUGUGCUCCGUCCUUCAGGAUGAGAUGUCAAACAAACGAGCUCCUAUUGGAAGUGACUCUGCAGCAGCCACUGACUCCCUGUGUGUGUGUGACCCUGAGCAAGUCACUGAACCUCCUUGUGCUCCGUCCUUCAGGAUGAGACGUCAAACAAACGAGCUCCUAUUGGAAGUGACUCUGCAGCAGCCACUGAUUCCCUGUGUGUGUUUGAGACCCUGAGCAAGUCACUGAACCUCCUUGUGCUCCGUCCUUCAGGAUGAGACGUCAAACAAACGAGCUCCUAUUGGAAGUGACUCUGCAGCAGCCACUGACUCCCUGUGUGUGUGUGUGACCCUGAGCAAGUCACUGAACCUCCUUGUGCUCCGUCCUUCAGGAUGAGAUGUCAAACAAACGAGCUCCUAUUGGAAGUGACUCUGCAGCAGCCACUGACUCCCUGUGUGUGUGUGACCCUGAGCAAGUCACUGAACCUCCUUGUGCUCCGUCCUUCAGGAUGAGACGUCAAACAAACGAGCUCCUAUUGGAAGUGACUCUGCAGCAGCCACUGACUCCCUGUGUGUGUGUGUGUGUGACCCUGAGCAAGUCACUGAACCUCCUUGUGCUCCGUCCUUCAGGAUGAGACGUCAAACAAACGAGCUCCUAUUGGAAGUGACUCUGCAGCAGCAGCAGCAGUUGUUGAUGAUGCAGAGUUCACCCCCCUAGUCUCUGGAAGUCGCUUUGGAUAAAGGCAUGUGCUGAAUGACUCUCAAUAGAAUAUUUCUCAAUAGAAAUUUCCCCAUUCAGCUCAGUUACUUCACAGCAGACGGGCAGUGAAAAAGCAGAACAUGCAAAAAAAAGCUGGUAAAUGCAAAACAGAAAGCCAAAAAGAAACACGAAGGAGAAACGGGAGUAAUAACAUAAGAAAGUUUCCAAACGAGAGGAGGCCAUUCAGCCCAUCUUGCUCGUUUGGUUGUUAGUAGCUUAUUGAUCCCAGAAUCUCAUCAAGCAGCUUCUUGAAGGAUCCCAGGGUGUCAGCUUCAACAACAUUACUGGGGAGUUGGUUCCAGACCCUCACGAUUCUCUGUGUAAAAAAGUGCCUCCUAUUUUCUGUUCUGAAUGCCCCUUUAUCUAAUCUCCAUUUGUGACCCCUAGUCCUUGUUUCUUUUUUCAGGUCCCCUGGGUCGACAUUGUCUAUACCUUUUAGGAUUUUGAAUGUUUGAAUCAGAUCGCCGCGUAGUCUUCUUUGUUCAAGACUGAACAGAUUCAAUUCUUUUAGCCUGUCUGCAUACGACAUGCCUUUUAAACCCGGGAUAAUUCUGGUUGCUCUUUUUUGCACUCUUUCUAGAGCAGCAAUAUCCUUUUUGUAACAAGGUGACUAGAACUGAACACAGUAUUCUAGGUGAGGUCUUACUAAUGCAUUGUAAAGUUUUAACAUUACUUUCCUUGAUUUAAAUUCAACACCUCUCACAAUAUAUCCGAGCAUCUUGUUGGCCUUUUUUAGUUGUGUCCUGUGAGCCUCAAAUAAACCCACACAUACAAAAUUAAAAAACAGACAGAGAAGGCGCACAACUGGCCGAGGGCCGCCCGGGGGGAGGGAGGGUUUGGUCGGCCAGGGUGUCCUCGGCUCACCAGCGCCCCCUGUGGUCUGGCCGGGCGCCUGCAGGCUUGCCUGUAAGCUGCCCAGAGCUGCGUUGUCCUCCGACUCUGUAGCUCUGAGGCGGCUGCACGGUGAGUCUGUAGAGUGUAAAGAAGCGGGCGGCUGAUGGCACACGCUUCAGAGGACAGGGGGUGUUCGUCUUCACCCUCCCGAGUCAGCGCAGGGGGGUGGUAGCAGCGAGCUGAGCUGAGCUUAAAAAUAUUUGGCGACCACUAAAUUUAUAUAAAAUUUUUUUUAAAAAAGUUUGUUCCUCCUUUGGUACAAAAUUAACUGUAGUGUUAACUUUCACACGUUUCACAAAGCUGUGAUUUCCGUUCUGUUCAAGUGCUGGUCAGAGCUGCUGCUGUAUCUGAGUGCAGUUCUGCUUGGGGAGUCUGUGCUGCUGCUUCUGACACACCGGAGCACUGCUGUGCGGCUGGACAGAAUGGAGCGAGGGCUACUGGUUUCACUGGUUAUACUGGUCUGCUCUCCUACCAGGGGGGUGUCUCAAACCAUUAUAACUCAGGACCCGGGCUUCGUGACUGGCACAGAGGAGGGAGAGGUCACUGUACCCUGCACUGUGACAGGGGCUCCUCCAGGACCAGUGAGAUGGUACAGGGACACUGGCAGCGGCAGACAGUAUCUCUACUCUACAGACCCUCCGUCCAAUGAGAGAAACGACCCCCGUGUGUCUCAAGUACAUCAAAACCACGCCACAGAUUCAUCCAUUCGAAUUGUGAACCUGACCCUGAGUGACUCAGGAAUCUACUACUGUGACAAAUACGGAGGGAUUGAUGUGACCCUCAUUGCUAGAGGCUCAGGGGCCUGGCUGAGUGAGCGAGCGAUCCCUCCACUCAUUAUAACUCAGGACCCAGACCCUGUGAAUGGCACAGAGGAGGGUGAGGUCACUUUACCCUGCACCCUGUCCACAGUGGGUGCUUCAGGACCAGCGAGAUGGUACAGGGACACUGGCAGUGGCAGACAGUAUCUCUACUCUGCAGACCCCCCUCCGCCCAAUGAGAGAAACGACCCCCGUGUGUCCAGAGUACAUCCAGACCACCCCACAGAUCUCUCCAUCCGAAUUGUGAACCUGACCCUGAGUGACUCAGGAAGGUAUUACUGUGAGAAAUACAGAGGGUUUGAUGGGUCCCUCAUUGCUAGCGGCUCAGGGACCAGGCUGAGUGUGCGAGCAAUCCCUGCACUCAUUAUAACUCAGGACCCAGACUCUGUGACUGGCACAGAGGAGGGAGAGGUCACUGUACCCUGCACUGUGACAGGGGGUCCUGCAGGACCAGUGAGAUGGUACAGGGACACUGGCAGCGGCAGACAGUAUCUCUACUCUACAUCCCCCCCUCUGCCCAAUGAGAGAAACGACCCCCGUGUGUCUCAAGUACAUCAAUAUCACCCCACAGAUCUCUCCAUUCGAAUUGUGAGGCUGACCCUGCGUGACUCAGGAAGGUAUCACUGUGACAAAUACAAAGUGUUUGAUGGGUCCCUCAUUGCUAGAGGCUCAGGGAGCAGGCUGAGUGUGCGAGCGAUCCCUCCUCCCAUUAUAACUCAGGACCCAGGCUCUGUGACUGGCACAGAGGAGGGUGAGGUCACUGUACGCUGCACCCUGUCCACAGUGGGUCCUGCAGGACCAGUGAGAUGGUACAGGGACACUGGCAGCGGCAGAGAGUAUCUCUUCUCUGCAGCCCCCCCUCCGCCCAAUGAGAGAAACGACCCCCGUGUGUCUCAAGUACAUCAAAACCACGCCACAGAUCUCUCCAUUCGAAUUGUGAACCUGACCCUGAGUGACUCAGGAAUCUACUACUGUGAGAAAUACAGAGGGUUUGAUGGGUCCCUCAUUACUAGCGGCUCAGGGAGCAGGCUGAGUGUGCGAGAACCUCCCUGCAGCUCCAACCUGUUUCUCGUGUCGGUGUUUCUGCUGGUGAAGCUCGCUCUCCUGGCCGCCAUCAACGCCUUUCUCUUUGUGCUUCUCAAACUGGAGCAGCGCAGACUGAAGCGUGUGGAUGCAGAGUGAGGUGGGGGAGCCCUGCGCUGUGGAGAGGAUUCACAGCAGAGCUGGCUGGGGCCUCUUGUUAUAUUAGACAUCUUAAAGCUCUGCUCUAAAUGCUGAGAAUGCUGAAGCAGACAGUGGACUUGACUGGAGAGUCUGCGAGUCAAUAGAGAUGCUCUGCACUGCUUGAUCUGCCUGCUGAUAAGGGGAGGAGAGGAAAGAGAGGAGGGGAGAGGGAGAGGAGAGG